AUGACGCACAAAGAUCUAGAGGCCAACUGCGAAUGCGAUGUGCCCGUUGAUAUGACAACAGUCAAUGAAGAUGGAAACACGCCGGGCACCCGGGUCUCUUCGAACCGAAUUACUCUUUCGAAAUGGUAUAAGCUGUUCCUUCGAGGAUACGUGGAGGAGAAAGGUAUUCGUCCAGUACCUCCAGAGGAAAGAAUGGAGACGCAACAAAGCAACCUCUUCACGGUCUUCUUUACCGGCCUACUGUGCAUCCUACCUAUUCCCACUGGGGCACUCGGUACGGUUCUGUUCGGUCUGGGUCUGCGAGAUGUUUCGUUAAUCAUCAUCUUCUUCAACAUCGUGACUUGCCUACCGCCGGCCUUCAUGAGUCUAGGGGGAUACAAGACGGGAAUGCGGCAGAUGGUGCAAGCCCGAUAUUCCUUUGGGAUAUAUCUCGUUGUAAUUCCGCUCCUCCUUAAUGCCGGCACAAUAACUGGGUUUACAAUUGUAGGGUCAAUAGUGAGCGGACAGGCCAUCGCUGCUGUGAAUAAAGAAUCCAACAUCAGCGUCAACGUGGGCAUUGGUAUCGUCUGUAUCCUAAGCUUCUUGUUGGCCUUUCUAGGCUAUAGAGCACUUCACCUGUGGCAAAGGUGGCAGUGGCUACCGAGCCUGAUCGCGAUAGUCAUUGCGGUUGGCUGUGGUGGAAAACAACUGGUGAACCAGGCCGACCAUGAACCAGCAACGGUCAAGAAUGUUGUUGGGUAUGGAAGUCUGAUAGCAGGAUAUUUUAUGACCUUUGGAGGGACCGUCUCUGAUUUUACUGUGUACCACACCCCUGAAGAGUCCAAGCGCAAAGUAUUCGCCUACGUGUAUCUGGGCUUCUUAACCCCUUCAACCCCUCUGCUCAUCCUUGGGGCUGCUAUUGGAGGUGCCAUCCCAAACAUUGAAUCAUGGCAAACGGCCUGGAUUGACUAUGGAAUCGGUGGUGUCAUGGCCGAAAUGCUUAAGCCAGCUGGUGGGUUCGGUAAGUUUGUUCUUGUCGUACUGGGCUUAAGUAUCGUAGGAAACAUGCUGCUGUCAUACUAUUCAGUUGCGUUAUGUUUACAGAUGCUCAUUCCUAUUUUCGCCAAGGUGCCGCGAUUCGUCUUUGUCAUCCUCACAUUGGCCAUCAUGGUCCCAAUGUCAAUUUAUGCGGCAGCACAAUGGCAGACGUCCUUGGUGAACUUUCUGUCCAUGAUCGGCUACUGGGCUGGGUGCUUCGACGCUGUGAUCAUCGAAGAGCUCGUAAUAUUUCGAAACGGAGACUACGGCUUGCUUAACCCCGAGAUAUGGGAUCAAGGGCGAAGACUUCCCACUGGUCUGGCAGCUGUUGGUGCGUCCAUAAUCAGCCUUGGACUGGUUAUUCCUUCAAUGAAUACUCCGUGGUUCACUGGGCCUAUAGGGGCAAAAAUUGGUGAUAUUGGCUUCGAGUCGGCUUUCGUGGUCACUUGGAUUGCUUAUUAUCCUCUCCGAACUUUGGAAAUCAAGUUGACGGGUCGUGUUUGA